CCGGCUGGGUCUUCUGCGGCUAACGCUCCUCCUCCCGCUCCCCACCGUCCUCCUUCAGCCCGCCGCGGCCGGGUACCAGCGUGUGGUCCCGCCAACGGAGCGGUCCGUGCCUAGUGCUUCCGGGACGUCCGUGGUGCGCGCUUGCGGCGCGUGGCACUAGUCAUGUCGAUGGAUCAAGUGAACGCGCUGUGCGAGCAGCUGGUGAAAGCGGUGACGAUCAUGAUGGACCCCAGCUCCACCCAGCGCUACCGGCUAGAAGCCCUCAAGUUUUGUGAGGAGUUUAAAGAAAAGUGCCCUAUAUGUGUCCCCUGUGGCUUGCGGUUGGCUGAGAAAACACAAAUUGCCAUUGUCAGACAUUUUGGCCUUCAGAUCCUGGAACACGUUGUCAAGUUUCGGUGGAACAGCAUGUCUCGAUUGGAGAAGGUCUAUCUGAAGAACAGUGUCAUGGAGCUGAUUGCAAAUGGAACACUGAACAUUUUGGAAGAGGAGAACCAUAUUAAAGAUGUUCUGUCUCGAAUUGUAGUAGAAAUGAUCAAGCGGGAGUGGCCACAGCACUGGCCUGACAUGCUAAUAGAAUUGGACACUCUUUCCAAACAAGGGGAAACACAGACAGAAUUAGUGAUGUUCAUCCUUUUGCGACUGGCAGAGGACGUAGUGACCUUUCAGACGCUACCCCCUCAAAGACGAAGGGAUAUCCAGCAAACAUUAACCCAGAACAUGGAAAGAAUCUUCACUUUUCUACUUAACACACUUCAAGAAAAUGUGAACAAGUACCAACAAGUGAAGACAGAUAAUUCUCAGGAGUCAAAGGCCCAAGCAAACUGUCGAGUAGGAAUUGCAGCACUGAAUACUCUAGCGGGCUACAUUGACUGGGUGUCCAUGAGUCACAUUACUGCUGAAAACUGUAAACUCCUGGAGAUGCUGUGCCUGCUUCUGAACGAACAGGAACUUCAGCUGGGAGCAGCUGAGUGUCUUCUCAUUGCAGUCAGCAGGAAAGGCAAGUUGGAAGACCGGAAGCCCUUGAUGGUCUUAUUUGGAGAUGUUGCCAUGCAUUAUAUACUCUCCGCUGCGCAGACUGCUGACGGAGGAGGCUUGGUAGAAAAACACUAUGUCUUCCUGAAGAGACUCUGUCAGGUGUUGUGUGCUCUGGGCAAUCAGCUGUGUGCAUUGCUGGGUGUGGAUUCUGAUGUAGAAACACCAGCAAACUUUGGAAAAUACCUGGAAUCUUUUCUGGCUUUCACAACUCAUCCAAGUCAGUUUUUGCGCUCUUCAACUCAGAUGACUUGGGGAGCCCUCUUCCGGCAUGAGAUCCUAUCCCGUGACCCUUUGCUAUUAGCAAUAAUACCAAAAUAUCUUCGUGCUUCUAUGACUAACUUGGUCAAGAUGGGCUUUCCUUCUAAAACAGACAGCCCUAGCUGUGAAUACUCUCGAUUUGAUUUUGAUAGCGACGAGGACUUCAAUGCUUUCUUCAACUCCUCUCGGGCCCAACAAGGAGAAGUAAUGAGGUUAGCAUGUCGCUUGGAUCCCAAGACUAGCUUCCAGAUGGCUGGGGAGUGGCUAAAGUAUCAGCUCUCAACUUCUGUUGAUACUGGAUCCAUGAACUCUGGAACUGGAGAAGGCAGCCUCUGCUCCAUCUUCUCACCUUCAUUUGUGCAGUGGGAAGCCAUGACCUUUUUUUUGGAAAGUGUGAUCAACCAGAUGUUUCGAACAUUAGAUAAAGAAGAAAUUCCUAUUAAUGAUGGAGUAGAGCUAUUGCAGAUGGUCCUGAACUUUGACACCAAGGAUCCCCUCAUCCUGUCCUGUGUCCUCACUAAUGUCUCAGCACUCUUUCCAUUUGUCACCUACAGACCAGAGUUCCUGCCCCAGGUCUUCUCUAAGCUAUUUUCAUCUGUCACUUUUGAAACUGUUGAGGAAAGUAAGGCUCCCAGGACCCGGGCGGUGAGGAAUGUGAGGAGACAUGCUUGUUCCUCCAUCAUCAAGAUGUGUCGUGACUACCCCCAGCUCGUGCUGCCCAGUUUUGACAUGCUGUAUAACCAUGUGAAGCAGCUCCUCUCCAGUGAGCUGCUCCUGACACAGAUGGAGAAGUGUGCCCUCAUGGAAGCCCUGGUUCUCAUUAGCAACCAGUUCAAGAACUACGAGCGUCAGAAGGUGUUUCUAGAGGAGCUGAUGGCACCCGUGGCCAGCAUCUGGCUUUCUGAAGACAUGCACAGAGUGCUGUCAGAUGUUGAUGCUUUUAUUGCCUAUGUGGGUGCAGAUCGGACAAGCUGUGACCCAGGCCUGGAGGAUCCCUGUGGCUUAAACCGUGCACGAAUGAGCUUUUGUGUGUAUAGCAUUCUGGGUGUUGUGAAACGAACUUGCUGGCCCACUGACCUAGAAGAGGCCAAAGCUGGGGGAUUUGUGGUGGGUUAUACACCCCCUGGAAAUCCAAUCUUCCGUAACCCCUGCACAGAACAGAUUCUGAAACUUCUUGACAAUUUGCUUGCCCUUAUAAGAACUCACAAUACUUUAUAUGCACCAGAAAUGCUAGCCAAAAUGGCAGAACCUUUUACAAGGGCUCUAGAUAUGCUUGAAGUGGAAAAAUCUGCUAUUUUAGGAUUACCUCAGCCUCUCUUGGAACUGAAUGACUCUCCUGUCUACAAAACCGUCUUAGAAAGAAUGCAGCGUUUCUUCUGCACCCUCUAUGAAAACUGUUUCCAUAUCCUAGGGAAGGCAGGCCCUUCCAUGCAGCAGGACUUCUACACCGUGGAGCACCUGGCCACCCAGCUCCUCAGCUCUGCCUUCGUCAACUUGAACAAUAUUCCUGACUACCGACUCAGACCCAUGCUUCGGGUCUUUGUGAAGCCUCUGGUGCUCUUCUGUCCCCCGGAGCACUACGAAGCCCUGGUGUCUCCCAUCCUUGGACCUCUUUUCACCUACCUUCACAUGAGGCUUUCCCAAAAAUGGCAAGUCAUCAACCAGAGGAGCCUGCUGUGUGGAGAAGAUGAGACAACAGAUGAAAACCCAGAGUCUCAAGAGAUGCUGGAGGAACAACUGGUGAGGAUGUUAACCCGAGAAGUCAUGGACCUGAUCACUGUGUGCUGUGUUUCAAAGAAAGGUGCUGACCACGGUACUGCUCCUGCUGCAGAUGGAGAUGAUGAAGAGAUGAUGGCCACAGAGGUAACCCCCUCGGCCAUGGCAGAGCUUACAGACCUGGGAAAAUGUCUAAUGAAGCAUGAGGAUGUUUGUACAGCGCUAUUGAUUACAGCCUUCAAUUCCCUGGCCUGGAAGGAUACUCUGUCCUGCCAGAGGACGACCACACAGCUCUGCUGGCCUCUCCUCAAACAAGUGCUGUCAGGGACACUGCUCGCAGAUGCUGUUACGUGGCUGUUCACCAGUGUGCUGAAGGGCUUACAGACGCAUGGGCAGCACGAUGGCUGCAUGGCUUCCCUGGUCCACCUGGCCUUCCAGAUAUAUGAGGCGCUGCGUCCCAGGUACCUGGAGAUAAGAGCUGUGAUGGAGCAGAUCCCUGAAAUUCAGAAGGACUCACUGGACCAGUUUGACUGCAAGCUUUUGAACCCCUCUCUGCAGAAAGUGGCUGACAAGCGCCGGAAGGACCAAUUCAAACGCCUCAUUGCUGGGUGCAUUGGGAAACCCUUGGGCGAGCAGUUCCGAAAAGAAGUUCACAUAAAGAAUCUUCCCUCACUUUUCAAAAAAACAAAGCCAAUACUGGAAACAGAGGUGCUGGACAAUGAGGAGGGCAGCCUGGCCACCAUCUUUGAACCCUGAAUCAAGCUUCUGGGCAUUCUUCCUCAACCUUUAUUGUCAUCUGUUCUUCCCCUUUGUAGCUAUUCUCUAGGCCCCUCUCCACUGCCACCUCACUUUACACCGUCGUCAGCCUGGAGAGAGAUCCAGGUCUGGAGCUGGAGAGAGUGGGCCCUGUACAGGGCUGGAAGCCAUGCUAAAGCAUCAAGAAAGGGAGUUAGGGCUUACACCAUUCUGUCUAGAUUUCCCAGGUAUCUCCCAUCCUACUUGGAGUUUUGCCUUUUCCAAGAGAGAAAAGCUAGAGCAGAGCGGCCCUUCUCCCCAAGCCCUCCCACCCCCAGGUAGCCAUACACCUGUGCAGAGUGGUAACUAGGGGCGCUAUACCCAAUGCUGCGACUAGCCAGGCUUGCGACGAGGGUUCAGCCCUGAAUUACUUGUGCCAGAGUUUCUCCUGGAUCAUUGAAAGUCCCACUGAGCCCCCUUGCUGCUGGGCUGACAGGGACCUUCCCCAUCCCCCAGGGGCAUAUCUGGGUCAGGUGCUGAGUGCUGAACUGAAUUUGGCCAGUUCCUGCUUUGUUUUGAGCAAGAAUCUGGUCACCUGAUGGGAUCCAUGGUACAGGCCACUGCUAAGCUCUGGGCACAGUAUCAAAUGUUAGUACCUUCAGGGACCAGGGCUGGGCCAGGGUCUGUAGCGCUCUGUAACAUCCCUUAGAGCUCACACAUUUUGUCCCUCCAUGAAUGACCCCUCAGUGUGGUUUCCCCAGUCCCCAGGGUCCACUCAGGCACAAGAGCCACAGUACCCUAUCUAGUGUCACGAUGCCAUUGGCAUUUAAGGAUAAUCCAGACCAACUAGGCUACAUCUGUGACAAGCAGCUAGCAAAGCCACUGGUCUCUCCUAGGACUAGCUCAGUCCAGGUGCCUUCAAAAAUCUCGUGGUCUUUCAGGUCCCUGGUCACUUCCCUCAUGGGCCAUUUCCAAAAGAAAAAAUAUGCCUUCCCAUCACAACCUGUGAGUCUCCAGUCUGUUAUAAACAUCACUGGAUGGCCCUAUAAGCACAGGGGACAUGGAUGAACGACUAGUUAAUCUAUACAGAAGGACACACAUUUAGAGUGUGUGUCCAUGUGUUCCCCACAGAGGCCUGGCAUUGAUCCAAUCCACUGACCAGGGUUUUGGUGAGGACCGGUGGAGCAGCAUGGACUGAAGCUGCAGCUUUUAGCUGGUGUGGCCCCCCAGGUAGGGUAAGGUCAGUAAGAGGCGAAGCUGGGGAAACGGACUUGGGAGUCCCACGUUGCGCUUUCUAUGGCACAGACUUGGUCCAUCCCCUCUUCCUGGGUGGUGCUUUGGGCUUCUUGUCCACUGUGAAGGCCAUCUCAGCAUGUUUCCCUCCAAAUUUGUUAGCUGCCUACUCCUCUCUGCGGUGGGGCUGUGGAGGGUAUAGUUGUAUUUAUUGUGUUGUAAUAUUUUUAACAUCCUGUGACUUCAUGCUAGAAGUUUUCUAUUGUUUAUAGAACCUUUUUGUAGAAACAUUAACUCUAAAGCACAUCUGCAUGUCAGUAAAAAUCUCAAUUUCAUAUAGAAAGGGCCCCAUCUCCCUUUUUCAAACUAGUGACAUACUCCAGGGUCACUGUUUCUCAUGAGCAUCUUGCUUGCUAAGGGGGCUGGACAGGAAGAACUGUGACUGACAGACCUGCUCUGUCAAACCCUCUGAAACAGCAUGCCAGCCAGAAGCAGCUUUCUCUUCCUGACACGUAGACCAGGCAGCCCUUCCAUUCUCUCAGUGUCGUCAUUGGUGGCUACUGGACCUAACCCAGAGGGGCUGUCCAAAGGGAACUGUUAUUCUUCCUUGUGUGGCUCUUGAUAGUAAUGUGACUUGACUGCCAUGGACCACCCUUUUUUCUCUCAGGAACUUCCUCUGGUAUCCAGGAAAUAGGUUAAGCAGCACACAGUAUUUUUCUGUGGUCUGGCUGUGCCCCCGGAAACCAUCACACUCAGCAUUUCUCAAGGGGCUUCAGAGGGACUUGGCCCUGACUUGCAGCGAUGUCUGAGCCCAAUGCUCCUAACUGCUAAAUAACGCCAGAUCUCUGCUGAGGUGCCCCAUAUUUUUGGACGAAAACUGAAAAAGUGGUCUCCAACAAAAGGAUUUUUGUCUGGAUGUGAAUUUAUUUACAUUAAGACCUUGCAAAGGCAUAGAAGUCACAUUUUGUGGCACAUUUAACGAAGUGUAUUGACU